UUAUAUAGCGAUUAUCAAAUAUAUUGUAGACGGCCGAGAAGAAGAAUGCUGAAGCGAUUUUCUAACAUUUUAGAGGCAUAAUCAUCUUUUCCCUCGUUUUGUUUCAUUUCAAAAUUCAAAAAACGACCCAACAACUCUCCUCCUUUUCUCUGUUAGAUCACCGAUUAAACCUUAAAAACGCAUUAACCAAAAAAAAAAUCCGAUAAAUGGUAUGCGGUUUCCUGAAUGGAGAGUUAGGGUUGGGGAUAAUCACGAGAUCAGUGGUGAGAUUUCUUGAUCAGACGGUUUGCAGAGCCAUGGGAUGUUUCUUUGGAUGCUUUCGCGUCAGAGACGAUCGCUCCCGCCCUCACCUCGUCUCCUCCUCCUCCAAAACCACCGAACGUGGAGUUUCUCGAAAUCGUUUAUCGUCGCUCUUUCUGGAUGAAGAGAAAGGAGAUUGUCCAUCCAAUCAUUUGGGGUCUCCACAAAUUGAUAAAGGUCUCAAGGAUGAGGCGAAAUUCCUUAAAGCUUGUGGAACAAUACCAGAGACUCCGUCUGAAAUUCGUAAAGCAUCUCGGAAGUUUAAGCAGUCGCCGCCUUAUAGUGGGGAUUCAGAACCUUCAAAAUUUCAUUCCUGGCUUCCCAACACAUCCAUCGAUAAGUUUCAGUUGGAUAAGCAAUCUGAUCAGCCCCCUACGCCCAUCAAACUUUUCGAGGCGUUGGGGAGGGGGCCAGAUUCUUUGGAAAAUACACCUACCAGCAUAUCAAAUGCAGCAAACACUGGGAGGUUCUCUAUAGGUUCUACUGAAGGUAGUGAGGCACUGAGUGUUGAUAAAACAGUCAAGACUGAUAUUGUUUCGACUUCAGCUUAUGGAAGGAACAAGUCUGUACGCUUUGAAUGUGAAUCUGAUGCAUCUUCUUCAAAAUCUGAAAACGGUGGUCAGAAUUCAAAGAAACUUGAAUUACCAGGUUACCAAAGUGCAUCAAAGCCCUCGCCCAAUCCAACCCCAUUAAAGCUUUCUGAUGAAAUGCAAACCCCUGGAACUGUUUUUCCUUCAAACCUAGAAACCUUGGCAAAUGGGAAGACUCGGAUCAGGUCUCAAUAUGUUUAUUCGGUCUUGAAUCCAGCUGAGAAUGCCUCUCAGUUGAAUGCGAUGAAAGAGGAGCCAUUUAGCUCCAAAGAGAUGUUGGGUGAGCUGAAAAAAUCUCCCGAGCGAGCAGAAAAUGCCACCUUCAAGCUAGGAGUGGGAGUAGAAGGAACUUCUCGGGCAGAAGAGUCAGAGGUGGAAGGAAGCUUGUCUUCUUGGCUGAAGCCAAAAGAGUAUAACAUUGAUGAUCGUUAUAAAAAUAUCCAGUCUACUUAUAGCAAACUCCCUCCUUUUGGUGGAAUCCCUGGGGACAGGCCCAUCAUUGGUAUGGUUGCUGCUCACUGGAAUGAGGAAGAGUCUUCCCAUAUAACGCCCAAGUGGUGGGAUGGGAAUGGAAUCCCAAAUUCAACUAAUAAAUACAAGGAGGAUCAGAAAGUCAGUUGGCAUGCAACUCCAUUUGAAGAGAGGCUGGAAAAGGCACUGUCUGACGAGAGUCUCAUCUCUCAGAGUAAGCAUGUCAACAAAACACCAAUGGUUUUUGAUGAGACUGAUGAAAGCGAUACUGCUCUGUCUGAGCUGCGACCUUCCUCACAUUCCAAAUCAGUUGUUUCAUUCUGACGAAGAGUGGUAUUGUUCCUCCAUUGAAUCUCAGAUGUAACUGAGUCCUUUAAAGCAUGAACCAAGGGUUUUAAAAUGAUGAAAUAUUAUGGCCGGUUUGUCUUAAGCCAUUUCAACAGAGAUGUUCAUGGGAAUCAUGCUGUGUUAAUAGUCAUGUCAGCAGGAUUUAGGGUCUGGUUGAAGUGUAUAUCAGUGAUUCAUAUGACAAUCGGUUCUUAAAUGAUUUUGAUAUCAUUUUGUAAUUCUUGGCACCGUGAGUUACACACCGUUUUCAA